AUGCACCGCCGUGUCCUUCUCUCUGGUCUUCCCAGGGUUCUCCCUCCCCUCCCACCCUCGCCUGCUCCUCCCUGUCUUCCCUGUGUCGAGGGGCGGCAGCGCGCCGCUCCUCACUCCUCCUCGUUUCAUCCGACGACUGCUCCCCUGCAGACCCUGCACAUGGACGUGUGGGGCCCAGCCCGCGUCAGUGGACAGGACCGCGAGUGGUACUUCCUGCUAGUUGCUGACGACUACUCGCGUUACACCACGGUCUUCCCCUUGCGCACCAAGGGUGAGGUCCCUGAUGUUUUGAUCCCUUGGAUCCGCGCUGCCCGUCUCCAGCUCCGCGAGCGGUUCAGGACGGAGUUUCCCGUCCUGCGUCUGCACUUUGACAGAGUUGGGGAGUUUUUCUCCGACCUUCGGCAGAGCUUUUGUCGUGGGGAGGGAAUUCGCCAGACGUUCACGCUUCCGGCCUCUCCGCAGCAGAAUGGGGUUGCUGAGCGCCGCAUUGGCUUGGUCAUGGAGGUCGCUCGUACCUCCAUGGUCCAUGCGGCUGCCCCCCAUUUUCUGUGGCCGUUUGCGGUCCGCUACGCCGAGCAUCAGCUCAACCUCUGGCCCCGUGUCUCCUUGCCGGAGACCUCGCCCACACUACGGUGGACGGGGGAGGUUGGCAAUGCGUCGGUGUUCUGGGUCUGGGGUUCUCGUGCCUUUGUCCUCGAUACCACCGCGGACAAGCUCUCCGCCCGUGCUGUUCCCUGUGUCUUCCUUGGCUUUGUCCCUAACGCGCCUGGUUGGCAGUUUUACCACCCCACCUCGCGCCGUGUCUUCCCCUCUCAGGACGUCACGUUCGACGAGUCGGUUCCCUUUUACCGUCUCUUCCCCUACCGCACUGCACCUCUCCCCCCCCCGCCACUCUUCCUCGCUCCAGGUGCUCCCCAGGUAGACCCCCUCCCCGCUCCCGGUCCUGCUCCUUCAGGUCCUGCUGAGGGUGGUCCUGCUCGGGGUGCUGCUUCUGGGGGUGCUGAGCCUGGGGGUGCGGAGCCUGGGGGUGCGAAGCCUGGGGGUGCGGAGCCUGGAGGUGCCGAGCCUGGGCGUGAGGAGUCUGGGGGUGCUGAGCCUGGGGGUACUGAGUCUGGGGGUGCUGCACCUGGGGGCGCUGAGGCGUCUGGUGAGCAGUCUCCCUGGAGCGGCCAUCUCCGUAGUCGCUCCGCUGGUGCCUCGCCGCUGCACUCUCGUCGUUGA